AUGAGUGAGCGUCGUGCCCAGACACAGGGCUCUGGGCGGCAGCUGCUGUGUCGCUUCAGGACCGUGAUCAAAGCCCUGAAUCCAUGUGCACUCACUACUUUUGCUGAUUUUUUUAUUUUCGUCACCGGUGCAGGGAUGGUGGUGGACUGGGAGCAGGACACGGGUCUUCUCAUGACGUCUGGAGAUGUGAGAGUCGUCAGGAUUUGGGACACGGACCGGGAGAUGAAAGUCCAGGACAUCCCGACCGGAGCCGACAGCUGCGUGACCAGUCUGUCCAGUGACUCUCAGCGCUCUCUCAUCGUUGCUGGCCUCGGCGAUGGGUCUGUCAGGGUGUUCGAUAGAAGGAUGGGCCCAAAUGAAUGUCGUGUAAUGACGUACAGAGAGCAUGGCGCCUGGGUGGUCAAAGCUCAUCUGCAGAAGGAGACAGACGGUCACAUAAUCAGUGUCAGUGUUAACGGAGACGUACGUUUCUUUGACCCCCGAAGUCCAGACUCGGUAAACGUGCUUCAGACUGUGAAAGGGCUGACGGCACUGGACAUCCACCCUCAAGCAAACCUCUUCGCCUGUGGCUCAAUGAACCAGUUCAUCGCCGUUCACAACUCCAAUGGAGACGUCAUCAGCAAUAUCAAAUACUACGACGGCUUCAUGGGACAGAGGAUCGGCGCCAUCAGCUGCUUAGCCUUCCAUCCGUACUGGCCUCACCUGGCGGUCGGCAGCAACGACUUCUACAUGUCCAUCUACUCCGCAGAGAAGAGACUGGAGCGGAGAUAA